GACUCCGCUCGACCCGCCCCGGAAAUCCCUUUGCCGCCAUUUCAGGUACCAGCAGCGUGUUGUUCGUUUUCCGCGCCACAUUCAUGGGACGUAGCGCCGUUGUUUUCUUUUAAAUUUGAGAUUGUUUGUCUGUCGUUGUUAGUUUUUUAGUUCAGAGCACAGGUUGGUAAAGCAAAGAUGAGCUACGGCCGGCCUCCGCCCGACGUCGAGGGCAUGACUUCGCUGAAAGUGGACAACUUGACGUACCGCACGUCGCCCGAGACUCUCCGCCGCGUCUUUGAGAAAUACGGCCGCGUCGGGGACGUGUACAUCCCGCGGGACCGCUACACCAAGGAGAGCCGCGGCUUCGCCUUCGUCCGUUUCCACGACAAGAGGGACGCGGAGGACGCAAUGGACGCGAUGGACGGCGCGAUCCUGGACGGGCGCGAACUGCGGGUGCAGAUGGCGCGCUAUGGCCGCCCGCCCGACUCCCUGUACGGCCGCCGCGGAGGCCCACCACGCAGAUACGGUGGCUACGGACGGAGAAGUCGCAGCCGCAGCCCUCGUCGCAGGAGACACAGCCGCUCCAGGAGCAGGAGCCGCUCUCGCUCCCGAAGCAGAUCCCGCUACAGCAGGUCGAGGUCCAGAUCCAGGUCCUACUCCCGUUCCCGUUCUCGCUCUAAGAGCCGCACGCCACGUCGAAGCAAGUCCAAAUCGGCGUCCAGAUCCCGCUCGAGAUCCAAGUCAAAGUCUCGCUCCAGAAGUCGCAGCCCUCGAUCAAACAGGGGGUCCAAGUCGAGAUCCAGAUCCAGGAGCAGAGCCAAAUCUCCAGAGGGGAAUGGACCUGCUCAGGAGUCAUGAACCCAAGCCUAGAUAAUCUCAGAUGAUUGAGACUACAGAGAGCAUCGCUUCAAAUGGAGUCCAUCUGCGGAUUUCUAAAUUCACCUGAUCAGAUCGAAAGGUUAUUGUAACUUGGUCUACAUCUUUUAAAUGAUUUUUUUUUCUUUCAGUUGUCCAGAAUUUUCUGUAUCAAAUUUUUUGAAGUUUGUGAUCAUAUUGAAUAUUUACAUAUAAAUGGGAUACUUAGGUGAAAACGUUUUUCAUUUCUUGCUAGUUUUUUGCAUUUGUUUAGUACUUCAUGUAAUUGAAUCUCCCAGACAAUAAAGUAAGUUCUUUUUAAUCACAACUCCUUAAUCCUUUUCUUCAACACCUUGUGUAUUCAAGUCUUGGAUAUAGUAAAUGAGUUCAUCUUUGACUUUACUGUGUAGGCAAAUUUUGGCCAAGUAUUGAACUUUAACAUAUGCAAGCCAAUCAAAAUUGAUUUGGACAAAAAUUAAAUACUUGUCAUGUAAAGUCAUACUUUUGUGGUUGCUGAGCAAACAUGUUUCUUUUGUGUGUGGUACUUGCUAAGUUCACAGAAUUGUGAUUUCUAAUAUUCUCUCUUGUGUAUCUUUUGUGCACUAGGCGCAGUUGCGCAGCAGUUGAGUAUUGCUGGUUAGCUGUUAAGGUGGCGUGUUGCAGUGCAGAGUGCUUGGCUGUUUCCAGUAUUCUCCUGAUUGCUCCUGUGUAACGGCUUGAUUUGGCGGUUUUUAAGCUACAGCAGAUCGUCUUUUUGUAGAAUGAUCCUAUUCAGGUCUUUCUGUGGGGGGGAAACCUUUUUGUUUGACAAAUCUUGAGUCUGACGCACAUUGGGAGGGAGCAUACCAUUUAUCACACUUUCAAUAGCAACAUUUGUCUAUCUGUGGAAGAAAUACUUAAUUGUAAGUUCCAUGUGAAUGCUAAUAAAUUUUUUUGUUAAUGCUUAA